CGUUUCAAAUAUGAUCUUGGCUUAAUAAAUUCAACAAUUCUGCGUUCAAAUUACGUAAAUUACGCACAAUUACAGUAAUAUUUGCCCAAACAAAUCAACACAUGACGAAAACUUGUUUUUGUUUAUACCGGUUGCUUAUUCAGAAUGCGACCUAAGGAAAAGUAUAGCUUGAUUUUUGUUGUUGGGUAGUAAAACGUCAUAAUAUUGAUUAUUGUUUAUAUGAAAGAAAUUUUUGGACUGUUUGAAUGUUGUGAUUGGAAACGUAAAAUAACUAUCAUUUAAAUAGUUUUCCAUGAGCAAAACUUAUUUGCGAUCAUGCUGAGCAACUGGAGAAAUUGGUGUCGCUUGUGUGCCAACGAGUGUGCCGUUUACAAAUUAGAAUCGCUCGACGAGCUGAACGAAAUAACGAUGAGGCAUUUCAAGUUUUCGCUGCAAGAACUCAACGAUGUUUGCAACUGUAUCUGCGAGGAAUGUUAUAACUUCAUCAACAAGCUGGAUCGAUUCAAAGAACGAUGCUUGCAGACCAAUAAAAUGCUAGUGGAACUAUGUGCAACCUGCACAGAAGAUGACGAGCUGAUGGACAGCGAUGUGCAGGACCUACGGUUUCGGUUUCUGAGUGAUUCGAUUCUGACGACUGCCGAAGUAGAACAGGGGGAAAAGCCACAGGUGCCUGGAAUGUUUCAUGCAGUACAAGAGCAGGCCAGUGCAGCUAUACCUGCCUUGGAACAAGAAGUGGACACAAAUGUUUUGGUCGGACAAAACCUGGUUGAGUUAAGAAUUGAAAAAAUGACUUCUAGUAAACGAAAAAAACGAGCAUCAGAAGAGAUUCCACUAUCUGAUAAAGAAAUAGAAAAUGAGAAAAAGGACAUGCUACAACAUAUUGUUCAAGAAGACAGACUUCUCACGGAUUUGUCCGACGUGGGAUACACCGAACUAAGCAAUAAUGUUCCUCUGAUACAUGAUGACUCAGAUAUUGACGACAACGAUGAGGUCCAUCAAGACGAGGAGUUCAAUGUUUUGGACGAUUUUGACACAGAUAGUGAAGUGGAAGUCGCCGAUGUUCUCGAUUGUAAACCGGCAGCGAAGCGGAGAAAGCUCCCUCACAGUAAACAGUCCAAACAAAUAUUUAAAACAAAAUGUGAAAUCUGUGAUAAAUCGUUUCGCACUCGAUCGUUGUAUGUUCUGCAUUUACAAAACAAGCAUCCUGACUCGGACGAGCUCUCGUUUCCGUGCAAUACUUGCCCAAAACGAUUUCCGUCGGAAAGGAAAGCCAAACUGCAUGAAUUGGUUCAUCUGCCGAGCGAACAAAAGCUAGUACAUCCUUGCAAAUAUUGUGAUAAGAAAUUCAGCAAGUUAGUGAACGUUCAAGCACACAUCAAAGCGGUUCACAUAGGGGAGCGACCGUACAUUUGUGAGGAAUGCGGAAAAGCUUUCGGUACUAAGGGAGCAUUGAAGGAGCAUCAGAUUACUCACAGUGAUGAUAAGCCAUACCAGUGUGCCCAUUGUCCGAAGAAGUUUAAAAAUUUACCACGGCUCAAGACUCACGAAGACAUCCAUAAUGACACGUUAUACGUUUGCCCUCAUUGUGGACUGCAGUUGAAUACCAAGCGGACGCUGAAAAUGCACAUGGUUGUACAUUCGGACCAGAAAAAAUUCAAGUGUCAGUACUGUGGCAACGAAUAUAAACGGUCAAAGGCCCUGAAGAAUCAUCUAAUCCUCCACACUGGCCUAAGGCCAUACCAGUGCCCGUUCUGUGAGAAAACAUUUGCCAAUGGAUCGAACUGCAGAAGCCAUAAGAAGAAGGCCCAUCCCAAGGAAUUGGCUGCGUUAGAGGCCUCGGGAGAGCAAUCAAGGGCGACCAAUAUUCCUAAAUUGGAACAAUUGCAGCCAAAACCACAUCAAAUGGCAUCGCUUCCGGGUACACAAACAGCUCCACCCACCGCAACGGCACUGAUCCAACAACUACCGACCAGCGAUACAAGCACCACUUUGUUGCCUGCCCUUCCAGCGUCCACCGCAAGUCAACAACAGCAGCAUGAGCAGCAAGCAACAGCGGCGACGAUAAUUGCCACCUCUGCGCGCCCGCCAGUGGAAGUACCGAACUCGGAGGAACUGCUGCUGCAUCAUGGCGUCCGUUUGGUUACUGCCUACUUUCAUUCGCAAAACGAGCCACCCCCAUUGAACAUCCUUUCGACGGCAAACAUCAAACACGGUAUUGCAGCUGCCAUCGGCGGACGACAGACUGUCACGGAUCAGAGUCGCGGUUUCCAACCACUGGUGAUCCGGCAGCAGGAACCGAGCCCUGCAGUGACACCGCCCACGGAACAAACCCAGCUGACCGUGUCCGAUACGGUUAGCCUUCCGCCGCUCCAACUCAUUUCGACCAACAAUUUGUGAGCUGUAACUGUGCAACUCAACUGCUUAGUUGUGGUCAAGUGGGAAAGUAAUGGGUUAUAGUUUUUUUACGUUUGUCUCGGUUUUGUUAUUUCGAUUUAACGAAACAAUAUUGCUAAGUUUUAUUAAUUGUACAGUUUAGUUCAAACUAAAACCUCCUAAUAAUUAAAA